CCUGUUGAGACGCAAGAGGCAUAGUCACAAGCCACAUCAAAGCUCAGCUGCUCCAAUUUUAUUUAAAAAAAAAAAAGAAAGAAAGAAAGAAAAGAAACAAAAUCGCGACCAAAUUCUUAGCGUUGGUGUUCGCGACUGUGAUAAUUAGCAGAUUUGCCCUGCAAGUUGCGCGUACAGAGAAGUAGUAUGACAGAAGUAACGGGAUACCCUGGCAGAGGAUGGAGAGGAUGGACGCUCCUGGUUUGGGUCGCUGCUGUCAGCUUGGUGUUAACAGACGGACGGAGAGUCAGACAACCCCGAUGUCCCACUGGAUGCACUUGCACUAAAGACAAUGCCCUGUGUGAGAAUGUCCGAUCCGUGCCUCACACUUUCCCAUCCGACGUCGUUUCACUAUCUUUUGUCAAGUCUGGAUUUAAUGAAAUCACAGGAGGAAGCUUUGUUCACACACCUCACCUGCAACUGCUGUUGUUCACAGCAAAUUCAUUUGACCUCAUUGAUGAGGAUGCAUUUCAAGGUUUACCACACCUUGAAUACCUAUUCAUUGAAAACAACAGAAUUGCAUCCAUAUCCCCUUAUGCUUUCAGAGGCCUGAAGGCUCUGAUACAUCUGAGUCUGGCUUACAACAACCUGGAGACGCUGCCCAAAGAUGUUUUCAAGGGCAUGGACGCUUUGAGCAAAGUGGAUCUGCGAGGCAACAAUCUAAUUUGUGACUGCAAGCUCAAGUGGUUGGUGGAGUGGAUGCAUCAUACCAAUGCCACCCUGGACCAGAUCUACUGCAGCGGCCCCCCCAUUCAGCAAGGGAAAAAGAUCAAUGACCUGCUGCCACAUUCUUUUGACUGCAUCACGGCAGAGUUUGCCUCCUAUCAGCUGCUGAAGUUUGAGUCGAUUUCAGUGGAGGCCUUCACCUUUGGUAACGAACAGUACGUUGUGUUUGCCCAGCCCUUUGCUGGGACAUGCAGCUUCCUGGAAUGGGAUCAUGUUGAAAUGACCUUCAGAACUUAUGACACCAUUGAAAGCACCUCCACUGUGGUCUGCAAGCCCAUGGUGAUUGACAACCACCUCUUUGUCAUUGUGGCCCAGUUGUUUGGAGGCUCACACAUUUAUAAACGUGACUCUUCUGCCAGCAAGUUCAUCAAGAUCCAGGAUAUUGACAUCCUGAAGAUUCGCAAACCCAAUGACAUUGAGACCUUUGUGAUCGAUGGGGAGUCUUUCUUUGUGAUCGCUGAUAGCUCUAAGGCUGGCUCCACAACUGUGUAUAAAUGGAACGGCAAUGGUUUCUACUCCCACCAGUCUCUCCACCCAUGGUACAGGGACACGGAUGUAGAAUAUCUGGAGAUCUCCAACAAACCCCAUCUGAUUUUGUCCAGCAGCUCUCAGAGGCCUGUUGUGUACCAGUGGAACAGAAGCCAAAAGAAGUUUGACCGCAGGACUGACAUACCAGACAUGGAGGAUGUCUUCUCUGUCAAACAUUUUCGGGUAAAAGGUGAUCUGUUCAUAUGCUUGACAAGAUUCAUCGGGGACUCCAGGGUGAUGCGCUGGGACGGUGCCAUGUUCAAGGAGGUCCAGACAUUUCCCUCCCGUGGCUCCAUGGUGUUCCAGCCAGUCUCCGUCGGCAACUGGCAGUAUGCCAUCUUGGGCAGCGAUUAUUCACUCACGCAAGUCUACCAAUGGGACACUAAAAGGGGCCAGUUUGUCCCAUCUCAGGAGCUGAGUAUCCAGGCGCCUCGAGGGUUUUCUAUCGUUUCCGUUGACAACAGGGUGUUUCUGCUUGCAUCCAGCUUCAAGGGAAAAACUCAGAUAUAUGAGCACCUCAUGAUCGAUUUAAGUAGUUAAACACAAUGUUUGUUUGUGAAGCAUUGUUUUUCAGAUGGUUUGUUCUGUGAUUUUGUUGGACUUGUCAGUCCUCUCUGAAUCCCCCCAAACUUUUUUGACCAUGUAGUAAACAAAAUGAGGCAAAUAUUAUCUACUUCAGUUAAGACAGAACUUGAGAACCUGAAGCAAUUAAUUGGUUAUGAUUAAGUUUAUUUUAAAAUGUCUGACACAUAACCUAUUUUUCACAUUUCCUUAUAUCUAAUAUUUGGUAGCCUGUUUAAACUAGUUGAGAAGUCCCUAGUAUAGCAAUCCUUACUUUUUUAAAUGCCUUACUCACCAUUUCAAAAAUUAAUUUCAGUCUUUUUCAUUAUAUAAAACUCAUGAAGUCACCAAUUUGUCUAUCAUUCAGACGACAUUUGCUACUGUUAUAAGACUUGAAUACUCUGAUUUCUGUCUAUAAAUUACUUUUAAUUUUUCUUGUAGGACUUAGUUGAAGGAAAGGUCUAGAUAUUUGAUAAUGUUGCUAAAGACAGAAAUAUUUCUUUUAAAAGGAAGGGGUACAGUUUUGAAACGUUCUUAGUGUUCUUUGGAAUUACUUAACAAUUCAUUUCAGAAAAACUAACUCCAGUGUAAAGCUGUUGAGUACAGAUAUGUGAAAAAUGAAAGGAAACUGGUGAGAAAGUCUUUUCGAUGUUGAGCUACAAUGAUUUGCCAAAACAACUUCAACACAACACAACACCAUUUUAUCAAAGGUAUUUUGGGUUUUGAUUAUUGUGGUAAAUAUGGCAGAGUAAAGGGCCAAAGAUAAGACUUUUGAGCACUUGGUUGAAGUUAUGUAGCAGGAAGCUAUGUUCCCAUGAAGCUAGCUGAUUUAACCAGUGAUAAGCCAGCACUAGCUUAGGGAUGCUAGUCGUUAGCCCAUUCAAGCUAAUGCACAGUUAACAAUAUAAUCUAGUGAGUAUGCCUCAGAUAUGAGUUACCACACAGGUAGCAUGAGUUGUCCAUGUCUUAUUUGCCACCUCUUCCAUUAUCAUUGUCGUUGGUCAGAUACAUAGCAGUCUUACUUUUACUGUGCUAAAUAAGUGCUGUCUAACACAUUGUUUCAAGAUCUCCUAUACUGUAAUAUUUCUUUAGGUUGGAAGGUUGUGACUGUGAAGGUAAUAACAUAUGAUUCAUACCCAUCCAACUAUUCAUUGGUCCCUCAUAAAUACUGUUUGAGGGCAUAAUAUCAUAUUAGAAAUUAUCACUCGUAUAAAUAACAAUAAUAACAACAAUAAUAAUAAUAAGGGAAUGGAAAUGGUUCUUUUUACAAUUAAGGCAGUCAUUGUGAAUAAUACCUUAUUUGUAGUGAGCUUAACCUCUAAGGACUACUGCACCAAGUAUGAUAUAGUCCAAAACAUCCACCAGAUCCCCUCUUCAUUCGGGUUAAGGGUUUAGGUUUUUAACUUUGUUUGGUCACGUCUUUGGAUAUGUGUUUAGAACACUUGUAUUGUCACCCUGUAGAUUUUUGUUGUUGUUGUUUACAAGAGUUAAAAAGAUCAAGGCUUUCUAAAUAUCUGUUGAAUGACUGGAAGUUAAAGGGAUUCAUGUCUCACUCUGCUUGCAGUGGCAUUUGAUAGUGUUUUACAAAGAUUAUUUUACAAAUGUAAGAAAAAAAAGUUUUCCCCCUACAUUUAAAUCACCAGAUGGCAAUAUUGGGGUUAGAGUAUCAGUACAAGACCUAACGUGGUAAUACAGCCUUUCAACUAAAUUAAGAAUUAUAUCAUCCUUGGCAAGUAGUCAACUUGCACUCCUCCAGUAUUUUUUUAUUUACACUUAAAGUGUAUUGAAAAAUCUACAAAACACUGUGAGAAACUGAGAAAGAUAAUUACAUUGAAUGCUUGCAUUAUAGACACUCAUAGUGUUGGUUUCUGAUGAAUGACUCACUAGAAGCAUCCCACUGUGUCACCCAGCCCUCUCUCUUUCACUGUACUCUUACCCCUUUUCUCCCUCAUUGACAAAACAAUUGUUGUCUUUACUCCACAACUCAAAGCCAACCACUGUGCUGCACAUGCUACCUGUGCUUUCAUAUGGUCCUCCUAUUCUCAAAGGAAACUGAAUAUCGAUAACAUUUAACAACAUCCCUGACUACAAUUUGCCAAAUAUAGUGUUUAUGUGUUUACAAUACUGUGUAAAGUAAUUUAUUUUACUUUUGUAUGUAGAGGGAAGCAGACUCAUUGUUAUUUUUAUAGUAUGUAGAAUUUAUUCUAGAAAUAGUAGAAAAACAAAGAACACUCCUUUAACAUGCCACUCUGCAAAACACUAGAUUUACUUGUGUCAGUCUAAUCUAGUUAGUUAAGUUGUAAUCUUUUUAGUUGUCAUCUUGCUCAUUGUAUUUUAUGUAAAGUAGUAAUAAAAUGCUGAAUGAGACUUUUCAUUUAAUUUU